AGUGAAUAUGCAUUACCAAAUACUACCAGCAGAGGGCAGGCAUUAGUAGAUGUUGUUUUGAAUGAACUAUCGCGAUAACACCUCUAAAUAAAGACCAACGGGACUUCUCACGGGCCUUCUUCCUGUUGUAUCGAUCACCAAAUGGCGGACAACGCCGGUGAAAGAGGAGGGUUUCGCGGAGGUUUUGGCGCUGGGGGCCGGGGCGGCCGGGGCCGUGGACGCGGCAGAGGCCGUGGCAGGGGACGCGGUGCCCGCGGCAAGUCCGAGGACAAGGAAUGGGUGCCUGUCACCAAGCUGGGCCGCCUGGUGAAGGACAUGAAGAUCAAGACCCUGGAGGAGAUCUACCUGUACUCUCUGCCCAUCAAGGAGUCUGAGAUCAUUGACUUCUUCCUGGGUUCUGGUCUGAAAGACGAGGUCCUGAAGAUCAUGCCAGUCCAGAAGCAGACCAGGGCUGGUCAGCGCACCAGGUUCAAGGCCUUUGUUGCCAUUGGUGACUACAACGGCCACGUGGGCCUGGGGGUGAAGUGCUCCAAAGAGGUGGCCACAGCCAUUCGUGGAGCCAUCAUCCUGGCCAAGCUGUCCAUCGUCCCUGUCAGGAGAGGUUAUUGGGGUAACAAGAUUGGUAAGCCCCACACCGUGCCCUGCAAGGUGACUGGACGCUGCGGCUCUGUCUUGGUGCGUCUCAUCCCCGCCCCCCGCGGUACUGGCAUCGUGUCUGCCCCUGUGCCCAAGAAGCUGCUCAUGAUGGCUGGUAUUGACGACUGCUACACCUCUGCCAGGGGCUGCACUGCCACCCUGGGCAACUUUGCCAAGGCCACCUUUGAUGCCAUCUCCAAGACUUACAGCUACCUGACCCCUGAUCUCUGGAAGGAGACUGUCUUCACCAAGUCUCCCUACCAGGAGUUCACUGACCAUCUGGCCAAGACUCACACCAGGGUGUCUGUGCAGAGAGGGGGACAGCCUGUCCAGCCACCUGCCUCCUAAAAUUUUUGUACAAAGAAUCGUUGAAUAAACGUUCUUAAACAUCA